AUGUCUGCUAUGGGAAAUGGAACCCUUACAACUACGGCAUUAUCUACCUUAUGGUCGAAAUGUCCGUUGUACUGCUUUGGUAGUGUGCAAUUCCGUGUUAAAGUCACUAGGUUAUUAAUAAGUAUCACGGCAGAAACCUUUGCGACGACAAUUGAAAAUGUUCAUUCUGCUGUCGAAAAUGUCAACGAUCCACUGAGGAUUACAGGAGAUCGGUCAGUAGUAGCCUUUCCUAACUACACGGCUUGUUAUGGAUAA